UUCUAAUACCACGAUACAGCGGCAAAUCUUGAAAUUGGGUAUAAAAGGCCUUAAUUUUCGCUGGAUAUAUAUAUUUUCUAAUAUAAACUGGAGGGAUUUAAUUCAAGUCCCGGAUAAUACGUCGCAAUGGACGGUAAUGUAGGAAAUGCUGAUUUAGGGGAAGAAAGAUAUCCUCCAGGAGGAACUGUUCAUGAAGAAUCUACUGAGCAGACGUCUCCAAAUGCAUCUCGGAGAAAUGAUGAUACCAAUGAUUCAUUAGUUGAUUCUAAAGAGCAAGAGAAUGUGUCGGACGAUGAAGAUGAACAAGGACAAAAAGAAGAUGCCGUUCAAGGAGAUCGCAAUGGCGAAAAAAAUGAGGAAGAGAACGACGCAGUUGAUGAGGAAGCAGAAGAAGACGAAGAAGAAGAAGAUGAGGAAGAAUUAGAAGAAGAAGAAGAAGAAGAAGAAGAAGCCGGCGGUGGUAGGAGAAAACGCGCACGUCAUGAACGCCGGAAUCAAUUCCUCGAUAUUGAAGCAGAGGUAGAUGAAGAUGAAGAGGAAUUAGAUGACGAGGAAGAUGAAAUUGGAAGAGAAGAUGGUUUCAUCGAGGAAGAAGUUGGCGGAGCUGACUAUGUGUCCGAUGAUAGACGACACCGAGAACUCGACCGCCAAAGACAAGAGUUACAAUCUGUCGAUGCAGAACGUUUGGCAGAGGAAUAUAGAGAAAAAUAUGGAAGGAGCCAAACUGUCAUUAGUGAUACUAGCAAUGUUCCUCAAAGACUUCUUCUUCCUUCUGUCAACGACCCUAAUGUUUGGGCUGUUAGAUGUAAAGUAGGAAAAGAAAAAGAUAUUGUUUUUACCAUUAUGAGAAAAGCUAUGGAUCUUCAGUAUACGAGCAUGCCAUUGGAAAUUAUCUCUGCAUUUCAACGUGAUUCACUAGUCGGUUACGUUUACGUUGAGGCUAGGAAACAAUCGCAUGUAUUAGCUGCCUUAAAUGGCAUUUUGAACGUUUAUACGAAUAACAUGAUUUUGGUACCAAUCAAAGAAAUGCCGGAUCUUCUGAAGGUUCAAAAACAGACCGUCGAGCUUCUUCCUGGUGCAUAUGUACGUAUCAAGCGUGGUAAAUAUGCGGGUGAUCUUGCACAAGUGGAUAACUUAUCUGAAAAUGGCUUAACCGCUCGUGUUCGUAUUGUUCCUCGUGUCGACUACUCGAACUCACUCAAGAGAAGUAAAUCAAUCACUCGUCCUCAAUCUCGACUGUUUAAUGAAAGUGAGGCUUACAAAAGUAAUCCUACAAAAUUUUAUAGAAGGGGACCCAGAACAUUUGUUUUUAACAAUGAGGAAUUUGAAGAUGGUUUCCUUGUAAAAGAUAUUCGGAUUUCUUCGCUUGUCACAGAGGGUGUAAAUCCAACCCUUGACGAAGUAUCAAAAUUCAGCCCGAGUAAUGAAGAUUUGGAUCUUAGCUCACUUGCAUUGAGUGUUAAGAAUGAUCAUGCAGAAUUUCAGUUUGGUGAUGUCGUUGAAGUAUUCGUUGGUGAACAAGCUGGCGUUGGUGGUGUCGUUGAAACUGUUCACGGAACCGUAGUCACUAUUAUUUCGAAUGACGGGUUAAGAUUAGAUGUCCCUUCCCGCGGUUUAAGAAAACGUUUUCGUCAUGGUGAUUAUGUGAAGGUCAUUGCCGGGAAGUACAAGGAUGAUACCGGUAUGGUUGUUCGCAUCUCAAAAGAUGAGGUUACAUUCUUGAGCGAUACCAUGAUGACAGAACUAACUGUGUUUUCUCGUGACCUUGGUGAAGCUGGCAGCGCUCAGGCUAUUAACUCUGCCUACGAUUUACAUGACCUUGUUCAACUAGACGUAAAUACAGUCGGUUGUGUUUUCUCGGUUGAAAGAGACACUUAUCGUGUCGUUGAUCAACAUGGCGGAGUAAGGACUGCUAAAGCAUCACAAAUUACAAUGCGACACUCAAAUCGCCGUGGUGUAGCUACCGACAGAAAUGGUACUGAAAUUCGUGUAGGUGAUAAGGUCAAAGAAGUUGGAGGUGAAAACAAAGAAGGAACAAUAUUGCACAUUUAUCGUGCGUUUGUUUUCCUUCAUAAUAGAGAGAUUAUGGAAAAUAAUGGUGUAUUUGUUGCCAGAAGCCGUAAUGUUGCUACAGUGGCUGCAAAGGGUGCUCGUAUUUCGACAGACUUGACCAAGAUGAAUCCCGCAUUAAACAACGGUCCGUCCUUACCUCCAGUUGCAAACAUUAAACGUACUAUUGGUCGUGACAAAGCUAUUGGUGCUACUGUACGUAUACGUAAAGGACCUAUGAAAGGAUUGUUGGGAGUGAUUAAGGAUACCACGGAUGCAAAUGCUCGUGUCGAAUUACAUACUGGCAAUAAAAUAGUACCAGUUCCCAAAGAAAAUUUGUUGUACACUACGAAGAAUGGAGACUUAAUCACUUAUACCGAGUUUAUUGAACGCAGCCGUGGUAUUCGUCCUGGCAGUAUCGGUAACGUGGACGGUCCAAGCGUUCCAAGUUGGGCACAGGGUGCACGUACACCAGCUUAUGCCAAUGGUGGUCAAACUCAAAGUUGGUAUUCUGGUAGUAAGACGCCUGCAUGGAGUUCUGGAGCCAAAACACCGGCUUGGAAUGCUGGAGGAAAAACCCCAGCCUGGAACUCUGGUAAUAAGACUCCAGCAUGGAAUGCUGGCAGUAAAACCCCAGCCUGGAACUCUGGAAAUAAAACCCCUGCUUGGAAUGCUGGUGCUAAGACUCCUGCUUGGAAUUCUGGUGGUAAAACUCCCGCCUGGAAUGCGGGCACAAAAACGCCGGCUUGGAAUGCUGGAGGGAAAACACCAUCUUGGAAUUCUUCUGCUGCUUCUAAUGUUGUAGGACAAGGUCCAGCUUAUGGGGGCUUUUCUGAAACGACAUGGGAUACUGAUGAUAAUAAUGGUUCAUGGACAGCACCUACUCCUGGUGGUUGGGCAGCACCCACACCUGGUGGAUGGAAUGAAGACGAAGGGAAUUCCCCUAACUACGUGCCCCCAUCACCGUAAAAAAAAAAUGAAAGAAAAUUCUUCCGUAUACUAGUCAAGAAAAAAAAAAACAAAAAAAAUGGUUAUAUCCUAAUUUAAUCUAUGAUUUUUUGGUGGCUGUUUAUAUUGGAGGAUAAUAAUUUAGCAAUGAUUCAUGAAAUAGAAAACUUUCGAAUUUUGUUGUGUAUAUUAUUGAUUAGGUACUGCAUUGAAUAAAAUAUGGCGUGUAAAAUCAUUUCUUAUUAAAUAAUAAAGUUAGUAAUCAGUCUUCUU